CGCGACUUCGAUUUCUUCACGAGGAAGAAAAGCCCGUCGCAACAGUUCAUCGUCUCGUCCCCAACCCGGCCCGGUCGCGGUGCUGUCAUUGUCUUCGUUGCUGCCAUAUUCGAUUGGUGUUUCGUCCCAAUUUUGCCCUACUUAAUCCGCCACCAUGUCUGACUACGGAGACCACGAUGCUGAGGAAACUUACGACUACGAGCCGGAGCAGGAGUACGAUGACAACGAGCCCGAAGAUUUCCUAAACCCCGAGGAUGUCGAUGUUGCAGAAGGAGGCGCCGAUGAAUAUGGCGAAGGCUCAUACGCGCCUGCUGUUAACGGAAACCACAUUGUCGCUUCAGGCGACCCGAAUGCGGGGUAUGCGGGCAAGGUCAUGGAGCAGACGCGGGAGAAGAAGGUCCCGAACGACCAGCGCCAGACAACUCCAUACAUGACCAAGUACGAGCGCGCGCGUGUCCUGGGUACUCGGGCCCUGCAGAUCAGUAUGAACGCCCCGGUGCUCGUCGAUCUCGAGGGCGAGACGGAUCCUCUACAGAUUGCCAUCAAGGAGUUGAACCAGAAGAAGAUCCCACUGAUUGUGCGGAGAUAUCUUCCCGACGGAUGGUACGAGGACUGGACUUGCGAAGAAUUACUCUAGACGUGGAGACGACAGGUGGUUGUAUUUUUUUUCCAAAUGGCUUCUUGGUACUUUAUUGUGUAUGUGUUUGGUCUAAGGAUCUUUCCCUCUGGGCAGCAUAGCGUUUGGAGUUUCGGAGUAGGGUAGCGGGCCAUACUGGCCUAGGCAGCCACUGGGACACUGGGAAGACAAAGAAAACUCAAAAGAAUAACGCACUGCAGUCUAUAUAUUAG